CCUACGUUGCUAAUGCGGUUGCUCUAUUUGAGGUUUAACACGAUUUAGAAAUUACUAAACCCAUAUCAAUACUGGAGCGUUAUAUAUUGAUUAUCGUUGGUUAGUUUUUACUUGGAAGAUGAAACUAACUGUCCAACUUGUUCUGAUCUUGUGCGCCGCUUGCUCGCUCUGUGCACAAAAUCCAGACAAAGUCGUAAAAAAGAUCAGGCAACUGCAAACAGGCGAACCGUUUCGUAUUCGUUGCCGCAUUGAGGUGUCUAAUACAACCAUCGACAACAAACUGAUAUCAUGGAAUAUGCCACCUUCAGUUAGAGAGCGGGGAAAUUUCCGAAUCACUACUGAGAAAUACGAAACUUUGAAUGGUAUCCGUUAUGUCAAGAAUAGCAUAAAACUGUCGUCAGUAACUGUAGAUGAUAUGGGCUAUUAUUACUGCGAGGAAAACCCGUUGAUACAAGAUACUUCCAUGGUUAAAAACAAGCAAAGGGAAUUAACAUAUGUAUAUGUCUUCGACCCAAAUAUCCUUCUUGCACCCGCACCCCGAAUGGUCGAUGCUAGAAUAUACAGCGAUUUGAUUAUACCGUGCAGACCGACGCAUAAGAAUGCCGUUGUGAAUUUGACAAUGGUGCCCUCAGAUAUUCAUCCAAAAAGGAUAUCCUAUGACCCAACUGUUGGGUUUACUGUCUAUAACGUCACCGACUAUGAUGCAGGCUUUUGGAAAUGCAAAGCAACCUUUCGAAGCGAAGAAGAAGAAAAACGAAUCGUUGUGAAUGUAAACACAGAUGUAGUACCAAUUACACGCGGAUUGAAAGCAGUUGCGCGCCAAACCGAAGUUUUGAAAGGGGGACAAAUUUCAGUAACUUGCUCGGUAACCGUGAGCAGAUUUUGGGCGGUAGCGCCAACAUGGAAAACACCAAACAACCGAACCAAGGUGCCAAUAUUUAAGAAAUGUGUAGAAGAAGUAGCAGGUGAAAGUACAGACAGCAACACAAUAAAGUGGUGCAGUACUUUGCUAAUAGAACAUGCCAGUCUUCUUGAUUCUGGCAAAUAUUCGUGUCAUUUGUUAAGCAAUGUGAGAACAGAAAGCUCUGUCAACAUUAAAGUAUAUGAAAAAUCCUUUAUAAAUGUCUUGUCAACUCCCACCACAAGUUCGAAUGUGAUUGAAGUUAUAAAAGGAGAAAUGGCAGCCAUCAAAUACAGCGUCCAUGCCUUUCCUACACCCACAUUCAAUUGGUUCAAUGGCACACAAAGCAUUUCCAGAAGUUCAAUCUCAACCACCACACAGUUAUCCAAUGACAGCCGUGUCUCAACCAAUGGAAGCACUUUGCUGAUAAAGAAUGUCAAGUUUUCAGACUCUGGGUGGUACAUGCUUUCAGUUUCUGUGAAAAACUUAAUGAUAAAUGAAACCUUUCUUCUAAUUGUUCAAGAUCCCCUCCCAGCAAGGAUAGAAAAUCUUGAUCCGUUUAUAAAUGCUGACAUUGGUGAUGAUGUAUUGUUGAGUUGUAACACAACAGGGCAACCGGCACCAACAGUUACAUGGUAUCAUGAAGACAUAAUUGUACAAGAAUCGAAGCUCAGUGAACUAAUGAUCAGAAGAGUAAAACAAGUUGAUGGAGGUGUUUAUAUUUGUGUUGCGGAGAAUCAAUAUGGGAAGGAUAACAAAUCUGUUUCUUUGAACAUACAAGGUGAUCAUCAAAUGCAAAUCAUGUUUGCAGCCAGCGGUGUCUCGUGUCUUGUGUUAAUUCUCGCAUGUGGUUUAAUUGCAAUGAGACUUAGAAAAAAGGUGAAACACGAAAAAUGUAUGUCAGCGUUGCUCAACAUUAAGGACAUGCCACUUGAGGAGCAAGCCCAGUGUUCAGAGUACGACAGCAAGAAAUGGGAGUUUCCUCGAGAUCGACUCAGGUUUGGGAAAACUCUUGGAAGAGGAGCAUUCGGAAAAGUUAUCCAAGCUACUGCGUUUGAUCUCGAAAAAUCAUCUUCCUGCAAGACAGUGGCUGUGAAAAUGCUCAAAGUUGGAUCUCGAAGCAAUGAAUAUCGAGCCCUGAUGACCGAGCUUCGAAUUCUGAUUCAUUUAGGACCUCACUUGAACAUUGUUAACCUGCUUGGGGCUUGUACUACCAAAGAAGGUCCGCUCAUGGUGAUUGUCGAGUAUUGUCGCCAUGGUAACUUAUCCAACUAUCUUCGUGGGUUGAGACAUUGUUACACGGGUGGUAGAAGUGAUGACACAAGUAAACAGGAGAUAAAAAAACAACGACUUAUGAGCGAUGACUCAGCAGAUGACGGAGCGUUUUCUGGCACAGACGAAACUGACCGCUCAAGUUGGAUUACAGAUAAGAGAGGAAGUCGCGCAUCGUAUUUGAGCGGAACUGGAUCCUUAACGUCACAUGAAGGAGAUAUUAGGAGUCACACAAGACUAUCAUCUGGUUGCGAAGACAGCAGGAUGAACUUGGAGAAACAUCAUGAAGCAAAUGAUGAUGGAGAUGAGAAGGGCAAAGAACAGAAGGAUCAACUCACUCUUACCGAUCUUCUUUCAUACAGUCUUCAAGUCGCCCGCGGCAUGGAGUUUCUCGCUUCUAAAAAAUGCAUACAUCGAGACCUGGCAGCAAGGAAUGUCUUGCUUUCCGAUUACCAAGUUGUUAAGAUUUGUGACUUUGGGCUUGCACGUGAUAUUUAUAAAGAUCCAGACUAUGUUAGGAGUGGGGGGGACGCAAGACUGCCAAUCAAAUGGAUGGCACCAGAGUCCAUUUUCGAUAAAGUUUACUCCAACAAAAGUGAUGUUUGGUCGUUUGGAGUUCUUCUGUGGGAGAUAUUUACACUUGGUGGUUCCCCUUACCCUGGAUUGCAAAUGGAUGAAGAUUUCUGCAACAAACUGCGAAGAGGUGUUCGCAUGGGGAAACCUGAACAUGCCACAGACUCUGUAUAUUCUGCCAUGCUUGGUUGUUGGGAUAACAAUCCUGAAGAUCGGCCGACAUUCACCAAGUUAUGCGAGGAAAUAAGUGAUGUCCUGCAAGAAGAAGCCGGCCAUGAAUAUCUGGAUGUGUUAAAAAUAUUUGAGAAAGAAGCAGAAGGUAAAGAAACUCUGCGUGGGCUCCGACUCUAUGAAACACCUCAAGAAACUUUUACUGAAGGUAAAAACAAAAUGGAGGAAGAAACAUCUGCAACAAUUAACUACACCUUUGUUAAGGUUGAAGAUAAAGAGAAUGAAGAAACUGCAGAUGAAACUUGUGAAGAAAUAUCAAUUGUUUGCGACACAGUGGAAGCAAAUGAAAUUGAAGAAAAUACAUAUGAUGAUGAUAUUGAUGAACAUAAUGAUCCCAUCAGUGAUCCUCAAGCUUGUGUCGUCCUCAUGGAUCAAGAUCAACCUCCACUAUAUGAAGAUGUCAUUGCUUCCAGGAUUCAGGAUCUCAAUUAAGAAGAUUGGAUUUCAAAAAUCACAGAAACAUGGUUUGCUCAUGUACCUCAUGCCAACUGUCAAGGUUGUUGAAGUACUUUGAUCUAGUGAAUGAGAACCAACUGUUACAACACAUCAGUGAUCAAUGAUGAAGUUAUUAGCAAGAAACAAAACUACACAAUGUCUUUUAAACAAUGGUGACAUCCAUUUCACCUAUGUUACUAUGUUAAAUGCCAAGCUGCUAGUAUUUUCUACAACUGUACACUGCCAAUGCGUUCAAAAUAUUACAUGUUUAAGCAAUCAAACCAUUUUACAUUGUAUAUUUGUACAUACUGUAAUGUCCCUUUCUCCUUCGUUUUACAAUACCUUGUUUGUUCUGUCUCGUGAUAAUGUUAACGCGUGUGUGUAAAUACUAAAACGUGUGGUAAACAUCUGUUGUAGAAACAUUUAUUAUCUCUCAGCAAAAAAAAAACGGAUUUUGUAUUCUAACUAAAGGGUAUAGUGAAAAACGUGCAGAAUGCAUGUAUAGACCCAGAUGUUAAGGCUUUUAUUACGGACAAUCGGAUGAACAAAUAAACGUAUUUGCGCAUUGUU